AUGUUUAAAAGAGCAUUUCUAGCGCAUCCAUUUGUAGCAUUGUAUCAACAUUCAAAUGGAUUGCAGCCAGUAUUUGGAUUGGAUACUGCCCCACUUGUAAGUGUAAAUUAUCGUGGACAAAUGUUUGUCUUGUUGGGAAAAGAUGGCAACAAUGAAGUCAUUCCUCUCUGCGUUGCUGUUGCUCCUCAAUCAGAUGCAGCAAAUUGGCGGUGGUUUUUAAUGAAUUGUCAGCAAGCACAAGUGGAUUUUUCCAGGUCAGUAUUUCUUGCAGAUCGAACCAGGUGUCUUCUUGCUGCAAUAGAAGGACUUGGAUUGCUUGUGAGGCAGUGUACACAGCAUUUAAUAACAAAUUUAAAAGACAUGGUCAAAAGUUUGCCAACAGAGCAAGUGGAGGAUUUGGUACGACGAGCUCAAGCCGCAGACAGUGAAGCGGAGUUCAGCUCAUGUUUAAGUAUGAUUGGAUUGACUUGUCCGACAGCUGAAAAUUACUUGCGUAGUAUGGAUCCGUGUACGUGGACAUUAUUUUGUAUAUCACAACAAAUUAAAUUGUACGGCUGGAACUCUACACAAUUCUCGGCCGAAGAUCAUAAGUCGUUGUUGUCUCUUGCUCCUUAUGACUUGAUGCAACACUACAUGGAAAAAUUUAUGACUCUGAGCUACAAACAAAGUGUGCUUGCUAAGACAUGGGCGAAGGAUGGUAAAUUGUUUACUGAAUAUGCUGAAAAACUGCUUGCUGAACAACAAGAAGGUGCAAAGUUCCAGGUCGUACAGCCGUCCGACGAUAGUGUCAUGUUUGUUACCGAAUCUCGUUCAUUUCCGCCUCGACGUUAUCGUGUAGAUCUUAAUCAACGCGUAUGUUCCUGCACCUAUUUGUUCCAAAUGGGAGUGCCAUGUCGUCACUUUCUUGCAGGACUUAAUUUCUGUAAGCGCUCGAAAGACGUAGCGGAGUAUGUGGAUAUAUGCUAUAAAAGUAGCACUUUUGUGAAGCAGUAUGAUAGCCAACGCACUGGAAGUAUUGAGUUGUUGCUUGACUCGGAAUUGGAAGAAAAUCGUGCAGUGAAAGCUCCAAUCAUGGCACGUAAGCGUGGACGACCUAAAAAGAAACCACUUGCCUCCAGUGGUGAAACGAUCAUGACCCCUGCAGUUGCCAAUGCACUUUUAAAGGGUGAGAACAAAUUGUUGCAGCUUGGUUAA